GAAGUGAGGAGCAGUGUGUUGUGUUGUCAGUGUGGCCGCCGCGGAGGUAAACAGCACGUCAACCCGGCACUCGCCUUCACAUAUUGCGGUUCCCGAAACACCAGCAAAAUGUUGCAGUUCGAUUUUCUGGACGAUUUAAGACGAAUGAACAUGCGUCAGCUGUUCUACCAGUUGCUGAAUUUUGCCAUGAUUGUGUCGUCGGCACUCAUGAUAUGGAAGGGUCUCAUGGUAGUGACUGGCAGUGAAAGUCCCAUUGUUGUUGUCCUCAGUGGGAGUAUGGAACCAGCCUUUCAACGAGGAGAUCUUCUUUUCCUCACCAACUACGAGCAGGAGCCCAUCCGUGCUGGGGAGAUUGUUGUUUUCAAGGUGGAGGGACGUGACAUACCAAUUGUUCACCGUGUCAUGAAGGUCCAUGAGAAGGAAGAUGGAUCAGUCAAGUUCCUUACCAAGGGUGACAACAACAAUGUGGAUGACCGCGGACUUUAUGCUAAUGGCCAGGCGUGGUUAAACCGGAAAGAUGUGGUAGGACGAGCACGAGGUUAUGUCCCAUUCAUUGGGAUUGUCACUAUCAUCAUGAAUGAUUAUCCAAAGUUCAAGUAUGCAGUAUUGGCUGGGCUGGGAAUAUUUGUACUAAUACAUCGGGAAUGAAGUAAUGUAAUAGACAUUUCUUAAGUCCAUUAUUUCUUGUAAAAAAAAUCAAGUGCCAACUUUUGGCAUUCAUAGAUUCCAUUCUUAUUUUCAUUCAUAUAUUUUAAUUGAGGUGCUUAAUUGUACUAGUAAACAAGGCUGAAAAUACAAAUUUUGAUAAGAAUUUUUGUUUUGUGUUUUGUUUUUAGUGACCAUCAGCAAAAAAGAAGUGCUUUUGUAUUGAAAUUGAAAUUUAGGUGUUUACCUUGUGUAGCAUGCACCAUUCUUACACAAUACAUGUUUGUUUACUUAUGUGAAUAUCAUGUAUAUAUAUUUACAUAUACCAAUAAAUGCUCUGGUUUAGCAGAUGUAGUGUACAUCAAAAGAUUAAUGAUACAUGAACAUAUACAAUAUGCAGUGUAUUUUCUAUCACAUGGAUGCAUUAUUCUUUUAUACCCAAAAAGAAAAAAAGGUUAUAGAAUAAGUAGUAAGGUGAGUGUGACAUUUUAAGUACAUGUGAAAUUUAUGUAUGUAAAAUACUUAGACUGACCACUUAUUGUCUGAGUGAUAGUACUCCUUACAAAGAUAACAAAGUAUUAGGAAGUUAUCAGCUACCAUCUAUCAGUGUAUAUUAUAUAAAUGUUCAAAAUAUCUUCAAGUUUAAAGAUGGAAAAGUACAUUUUUGUGGUUGUAUAAUCGACUCAAAGUAUUCUUAGAUAUCACAUGCAACUUUUAUAUCAGUGUUAUUUAUACAAGAAUAUUGGUUCAAUUCGGUCUCUUUUAAACAAAUUUGUCAUUGGCAAAGUGAUCUCAAAUGGUCAGGCUUCCCUCUCUUGUCUCUAGAAUCAGUAUUGAUAACAAGGUAAAUUGUCAGAUGUAUUUACGUUAGUGUGUGUGCAUGUCUGCACUCUCAUCUUCAUUGGCUUUUAUUCCUAAAUUGUUUGAUCUCAUCAAAGAGCUGCUCUCGCUUCUGCUUUCAGUAUUGGAAGUGAAUGGGAGAGAUGACAAGCACUGACUGUGAUAGUGGGGCUCAUGACCAUUGAGAUUAUAUUGGAGCUCACCUUGUUGGUGAUUAUGGGAUCAGUGAAGAGAAUGUCAUAGGGAAGUAUAAUAGCAGACAUUGUCCAAGAAUACUUCAGGUUGAUUUUUUAGUAAAGAAAGCACCUUUGUUAUUAGUGCUGCCAUGAAAGAAGCAGACAGCAAUUAGUGUUUUCCUGAAGUGAAAGUUAAAUAGGAUAUGCAACUGGAGUUGUUCUGGUGUCACUCCAUAUAUUCAGACCUUUUCAUGGUUGUAGAUGAAUGGAUUCUACAUUUAAAGAUUUUUUUGGUGUUGGUGGGGAUUAUGGUGGUUGUUUUCCUUUUAUAUUUAUUUUUUUGCUUGUUUUUACAGGCUAUGUUAUACCUGUUUGAAUAGCUUCUUAACCCAAACAGUGUCAGGAUCACAUUAUAUACUAAAAAAUUCCAAUCUUUUUGGUAGUUGCACACCUUUUAAGCAAGUAAUUUAACUGUCAAGCUUAUGUAUGUAAUGCUAAGAGGUUUGCCCCCCAUGAACUAAAGCAUUGGUAGUGCUUUCUGACAAUAGAUUAGCUGUGACAACUCACAUCCCAUCCCCAGCCCUCUCAUGAGUAUGGCUGAUGUAGAUGAUCCUGAUUGUUAGGCAGCAGCAUACUCUUCUGAUGAUGAUGUGAAUGUCUCUGUCUACUUUACUAUUUUUUUCCCAUUUUUUCACUACCACUUCCCCACAUCACAGAGACAGUCCCUCACCCAUCCCUUUGAAAAAAAUAACUAACAAAAAAAUUAAAUAAGUGAUUGAUAAAAAUAAGGAUAGAAUAGUAAUUUAGAAAACAUAAUGGUGAGUAAAUAUAAUGCAAGAUAUAUUAAUAAAGAAACUUCAUUUUUACCACUGAAAAUAUAAGAAGUGACAGCUGUGGGAUUUGUGAAACAUUUAUAAAUCAACUGACACUGUAUGGGUUAAAAGUAAUGAUGCGGUGCAAGAAGUGGGUAAUUCAAUCUCAGUUGAUUUUAGGUUUAGGAAAUCAUCAGAUGAGUAUAGGUGCACUGAUUCUCUUCAGAUUUUCAUAGUAUGCAGACUUUUGAAAAUGUUUUGAAAAAUCAUAAAUUGUAAAUAAAUAAAUAACAAAAUCUUCAAGGUGGUGUCUCAUGUUACUAGCUCUACAAAAUCACUCCUAUUUUGUCACUGCAAGUCAUCAUGUCUAGUAUAGUAAUCAUACAGCUUUCAGUGAUAUCUCAGCAGGAAAACUGGCAUGAUAUAUGUAUGUAUUACAAAAAUCUUAUGAACAUUCUACAACUUUUCAUUUACUUAUAUCUUCUGUCUAGGACACCUCUUCAUCAGGUAUGAUUGCAACACAAAAUAAUUAGCAUUAGGGAAGACCAAAAAAUAAAUUCACAUAUUUUAUAAAAAAAAUUUCCUUUUACACAUGUGAUAUUAAAAGAUGACAACAUAGUGCAUAUUAUAUAAAUAGCUUGCAGUAUUUUAUAUGAUGAUAGUGCAAGAAAGUCAGAAGUGUUCUUGUGAAGCUGUUUCAGAUAUCUAGUAUGUACACCACCAAUGUAUGUGAGCUGUCACAUUGACAGUCAAGUAGUACAGAUUUGUAAGUACUUAUAAUCACAAACCUAAACAUUCUUACUGUUCACACUUUGUUUCCCUAAUUUGAUUCUAUAAAUAUCAGCAGUAAAAAAUCACAUUUAAGUGCCACUGAAUGACAGUAUGGAUGCAAAUAUCUGAAGCACUAAGGUUUAAAGCUAAAAGUUUAGCUUUUAUUUUCAUAUUCUUUUUACCACCUAUAAUCUGUGACUUCAAAUUACUAGGGAAGUUGAUGUAUAUACUGCCUCUGAAGCUCUUCAUUAUUGAUUUUAGUUACAUUUCAUUUGGUUUGUAUUUGUUGAUUUGUUUGCUUUAUUUCAGUAAGAGAUACCUAUUUUGAUUGUUCAAAAAAAUUUUUUUUUUUUUUUUUUUUCAUGAAAUACCACCUUCAAGAAUUUUGAUCUCCAGGCUCAAAAUGGAGGUUCAAACAUUACUCUUAAAGUAAGACAUACCCUUCUUUUUAUUGUGAGUGUCUAACUUUCUUUCUACAGGUUUUUUAUAGUUAAAAAAUAUAAUAAAAUGUACGUACACACA